GAUGGGGCGUGGGUCAGCGAAGACGACGCUGCCUCUGGCGCGCCCGCUGCCUCUGCAGCGCUCGCGGCGCCACCCGACGAGGAAGCGAAGCGGGGGAUUCAGUUUCUGCCUCCGCGCGCGGGCGACGCGAAGGACACGGGGCGCUUAGUGUCACUGUCCGACGAGGACGACAGCAGUGACGGCGACGCGAAGGACACGGAGCGCUUAGUGUCACUGUCCGACGAGGACGACAGCAGUGACGACGACUUCGACAGUUCCGAAUCGGAUGACGUUGCCUCGGCCGCGGCAAUAAUGCGGCUGUGCGAGCCAGGCCUGGUGAAGGAGCGGCGGCGACGCAUUUCCCGACUCAUCAAGGAAAUGACGUCGGCGUGCGAGCACAUUCCUCACCCUGAUGAUGUGAUGGAAGGCAUCCACCACUGGAACGACACACCCGAGUACUGGAACCAAAGGUGGGACAUUGCGCGCGCCUGGGCGUCGCAUCAGAUGCACUACCUCCGCGAGCUGACCGACGCCUGGGAAGGCAUUUCUUUGGGUGAGGGGAAGUAUUGGCUUUGCAACGCCUGGCCCAACUUGAUUCGCGCUGCCUCUGGCGCGCCACGUGUGGAGUGCCUGCCGCGGGGUCAUCCCGGGUGGGGCCACCUGCGCGAGGUGUUCGGAAUCAGCAGCAUCCCCGAAUUCUUGAAGCACUUGUUCAUCAAGCACGACGUGGAGGUCAGAGUUGUUCGGUACUCUGGCUGGACGCGUGUGCGGCAGAAUUGCGUGACUCAUCCUCGAUUGUGGCAUUCCCAGUUCGCCAGGACCGAGAGUUCGCUGAGUUUUGUGUACUGGAGAGACAACAGCAAAUGGCUCGAGUGGCGCGGCGUUGAGUGGAUUCUCAACGAGCAGCCUGACGGCCAGACGACGCUGCUCCGUCGUGCUCCCGCUGCCUCUGGCGCGGCUAGUGGGAUGUUCGAGGUGGGCAUGCGACAAGGACAAGUCGUGGCGCUCGCACAGAUGUUCGCCCUGGGCGCAAAGUACUGCACUGCCUACGACAUGCACAAGCUGUGCAUGGAUCUGCCCAUCCUCGCCCACAAGCACAAGAGGGAUAAUAAAAGGGCCAGGACGAAGUGA